AUCAGGAAGAAGAAUAGAACAGAAAAUAGAAACUUCCAGCCUUAUAUAAUUCUGGGCCAAAAUGUUACCGGGAAGCCAGGCCCGGCCAGCCCCGCCAGUCACCGGGGGCCCUGGGCAGCACCAUCUCUUUCCUGGGGCCCCAGGGGAAGGGAGGUUUGGAGGGAGGGUCCUUGGGGCCAGCCGAUGCACCAGCCACCCGCCACCCAGUGGGGUGAGGGGCCGCCUCCACUGAAACAGCUGGGGAUGCUGACAGCCGGAGCCUGCCUCUUACCAGCUUCCUCCUGCUCCCGGGAGGCUGGAAGGAAGGUAGGAGGGUGAGUGGCUCUAACUGAGCAGUACUAUCUCCUUGGGUCCUUUGAGGUAGCGUUUUGAUCCCCAUUUUACAGAUGAAGAAAGUGAGGCUCAGAGAGGUGAAAUGGGUUGUCUGAAGGUGACACAGCGAGGCAGUGGGUGUGUCAGCCUCCCCUACUCCAGGUCUCCACACCAUAAACUCAUCAAUGUUGACAGCACCUGGUGGCUUAAGUAUUAGACACACCUGGAUUUGGACCCACUUACCAGCUGUGUGACCUUAAGCAGGUCACUGCCCCUCUCUGAGCCCCAGUUCUCUCACCUGUGACAUGGGAAUAGUGAUGCCUGCACAGGAGCCAGAGCUCAGGGCUUCACCACCGUUCUGACCACCAUUCCUCCAUCUUGAUCACCAUUGGUGUCUUCACCCACCACUGCUCCCAACAAGUUUGGGGACAGGACAGGAACUGAGGGGAGGGUGCAGGUCCCAGCAUUAUCCAGUAGGACUUUCUGCAAUGAUGGAAAUGUCCUAUGUCAGCUCUGUCCAGAAGGGUAGCCAUUAGCCACGAGCGCUUAAACUCGAAACGUGGCCAGUGCAACUGGGAAACUGAAUUCAAUUUUCAUUUAAAGUAAAUGUAGAGCCACAGGUGGCCAGUGGCUGCCAUAUUGGACAGCACCGGAGAAUGUCCAGCCCCAGAAAGAUCCAAUACGGCAGAGGCUGAACCCAGGCCCUGCGUCUUCCCAGGUGACCACGUCGGCUUCAGGACAUGCACGGGCACAGCCGUAACGGGCAGGCCCACGUGCCCCGGCGGAAACGCCGCAACCGCUUCGUCAAGAAGAACGGCCAAUGCAACGUGUACUUCGCCAACCUGAGCAAUAAGUCGCAGCGCUACAUGGCGGACAUCUUCACCACCUGCGUGGACACGCGCUGGCGCUACAUGCUCAUGAUCUUUUCUGCGGCCUUCCUCGUCUCCUGGCUCUUUUUUGGCCUCCUCUUCUGGUGCAUCGCCUUCUUCCACGGUGACCUGGAGGCUGGCCCAGCGGUGGCCCCGGCGGGGGCCCCGGCGGGCAGCAGUGGGGCAGCUCCGGCGAGCCCCAAGCCGUGCAUCAUGCAUGUGAACGGCUUCCUGGGCGCCUUCCUGUUCUCGGUGGAGACGCAGACCACCAUCGGCUAUGGGUUCCGGUGCGUGACGGAGGAGUGCCCCCUGGCGGUCAUCGCCGUGGUGGUCCAGUCCAUCGUGGGCUGCGUCAUCGACUCCUUCAUGAUCGGCACCAUCAUGGCCAAGAUGGCGCGGCCCAAGAAGCGGGCGCAGACGCUGCUGUUCAGCCACCACGCGGUCAUCUCGGUGCGCGACGGCAAGCUCUGCCUGAUGUGGCGGGUGGGCAACCUGCGCAAGAGCCACAUCGUGGAGGCCCACGUGCGGGCCCAGCUCAUCAAGCCCUACAUGACCCAGGAGGGCGAGUACCUGCCGCUGGACCAGCGGGACCUCAACGUGGGCUAUGACAUCGGCCUGGACCGCAUCUUCCUGGUGUCGCCCAUCAUCAUCGUCCACGAGAUUGACGAGGACAGCCCGCUCUAUGGCAUGGGCAAGGAGGAGCUGGAGUCUGAGGACUUCGAGAUUGUGGUCAUCCUCGAGGGCAUGGUGGAGGCCACCGCCAUGACCACCCAGGCCCGCAGCUCCUACCUGGCCAGCGAGAUCCUGUGGGGCCACCGCUUCGAGCCCGUGGUCUUUGAGGAGAAGAGCCACUACAAGGUGGACUACUCGCGCUUCCACAAGACCUACGAGGUGGCCGGCACACCCUGCUGCUCCGCCCGGGAACUGCAGGAGAGCAAGAUCACCGUGCUGCCCGCCCCGCCGCCCCCGCCCAGUGCCUUCUGCUACGAGAAUGAGCUGGCCCUCAUGAGCCAGGAGGAAGAGGAGAUGGAGGAGGAAGCGGCAGCCGCCGCAGCGGCUGUGGCUGCGGGCCUGGGCCUGGAGGCGGGCUCCAAGGAGGAGGCGGGCAUCAUCCGAAUGCUGGAGUUUGGCAGCCACCUGGAUCUGGAACGCAUGCAAGCCACCCUCCCGCUGGACAACAUCUCCUAUCGCAGGGAGUCGGCCAUCUGACCUUCCGGCCCUGCCCUCAUCACCUCCCACAAGAGCCUCUGCCGGGGGUGGGAUGUCGGAACACCCCCUCCACACUCAGGACAGAGCUGACCCUGGCUCCACGGACCUUCUGGAAGGAGGUGGGGCCUUCAAAGCUGGGGGACCCCUUCCUGCUGACUCCAGAGCCCAGGCCUGGGAAGGGCCCAGGAAACCUUUGGCGCUAUCAGCCUGGGUUCACCAGCGCCUACCUGCUGGCAGCUCAGGGACCCCAGACUCACCACCUUUUCCCCACAGACCCUUCAAGGACGUGUCCCUUUUGUUCUCAGAACCUUGGGGAAGGCGGCUGGACUGCUGGGGGGUGGGCAUCAUGGGGUUCUGGGGUGGGCAGGGGGUUAGUUUGGGGGGAGGUAGGGAGGGGGUGCGUUUUUUUUUUUUUGGUUUUUUUUUUUUGCAUGACUGUGGCCUGUUGCUCAUGACUUUCUUUUGUAAAUAUCUAUAAAUGGAGACAGAUGGAGGCAC